AACAAACCAUGAACAGAUUAUUUGGAACCAAGAACACCGCACCUAAACCAUCGCUAAAUGAUGCCAUCAAGGGAAUAGAUGACCGAGUGGGUUCACUUGAUGUCAAAUUGACCAAGAUAAACUCAGAAUUGUCCACAUAUCAACAGAAACUCUCGCGCAUGAAGGACGGUCCUGGGAAGUCAGCGUUGAAGCAGAAAGCUCUUAAGCUUUUACGACAAAGAAAACAGAUUGAAGGACAAAAGGAUCAAUUGGAGAAUCAAUCUUGGAACAUGACCCAGGCGUCAAUGACUACUGAGAAUUUACAAAACACCAUGGUUACUAUAAAUGCCAUGAAGACAACAAAUAAAGCAUUGAAACAAACAUAUGGUAAGAUUGAUAUUGACGAGUUGGAAAAUUUGCAAGAUGAGAUGUUGGACUUGAUUGAAAAGUCCAAUGAACUACAAGAUGCAUUGCUGACUAGUUAUGACGUGCCUGAUGAUAUUAGUGAAAGUGAGUUGGAUGCUGAAUUGGAAGCUCUAGGCGAAGAAAUUGAGUUUGAAAAUGAAAUGGCCGAAGCCGGUGCUGGUGUGCCAAGUUAUUUGACCGACACAACCACAGAGCAGUUGCCUACAUUUAUAGAUGAGCAGCCAGAAGAAGCAUCCAAGAUUGCCAAUUAGUGUCUCUAUAUACAAUUUACAUUACUUUGCUCUUUGGAUAGCCAUGAAAUAAUUACCAACAUCGGGACAAGAAGUGAAGGUCCAACCGUAGGCAGGCAAGUAUACACAUCCCUUAGUAUCAGCGACUCUGAAUGAUUCCUUUCUUUCGUGUGAUUCGUUUAACCAUUCCUUAAUUUCAGUUUGAUUGAUAUACUUUUCUAAAUUGUGAGUACCAACGGGGACAAUUCCUAAUAAAUAUUCACCCAUAAAGAUUGUAGUAAACCAACUAAUGAAAUCACGAUUAAUCGUGGAAAUGAAUAACCAGCCCCCCACGUCUAAUCUCUUUAAUCCUUCAAUCAAGACUCUUGCAGGGUAAUCUACAUGUUCCAACACCUCAAACAUCGUAAUUAUAUUGUACUUUUUGUCCUCGGGUAAUUCCUCGAUAGUACUUAACUCGUAUUGUAGCUUAGUAGCCAACAUUGGGUCUUUCAAUUUAUGUAAUUUUGCAGCUUCCAAUACAUCCGUGGAUAAAUCGAUACCUUUAACCAGACCGAUGAAUGGUAAUCUGGCCAUAGAUUCGGAAAGUAUACCACCACCACAGCCAACAUCAAGAACAUUGUACUUGGCAUUACUCAACAAGUCGUCGCGUCUAGUUUCGAUUUCACCAACAAUAUUGUCUCUGAUUGGCUUGGGCAACAAGUCGACGUUGUAAGGAGGGAUGUAAACCAAAUCGUCUUCGCUCUGAGCGUGUUGGUUCAAUUUGAGGUUCUCGCGGAUUGUACUGUGUAUGAAGUCCAUACGUAACAAGUUCAUUUUGUGAAGAAUUCGUUGUGGGCCAUUGACGUCCCACCAACUUGAUGCUAAUGCAUUGAAAUGGGACAUCUCCGAUUCGGAAGUGGAUGUAAAAUUAACCUUUUGCGAGAGAGUUCUGCCAUUAUGGACGUUCCUAGUGGAUGUUCUUAGCACAUUGCGUGCUAUUGCCGGUUUCAAUUUCAUUCGAUUGCUCCACAUUUGUCCUAUUGUCGUCGUUGCAGUCGUC